AGUUCUGAUUCUGCUAAUGCUGUCUGUAACCUCCUUGAGAGCAUCUUCCUUCAUGGCUGCAAGCCGCCGGUUUCCACAAAGAUAGCAAAUUACAUUGGUAUAAACCAAGGAUAUGAAAAUGGAUCACAACAAAUUAAUUUCUGGUUGCUUUGUGAGAGAUUCACACACGAUGAUUAGAAUGUUUAAUUUUGUUGCUUUGUGAGAGGUUCACACACGGUGAUUAGAAUGUUUAAUUUUGUUGCUUUUUUCGUAGAAUUUCUGGUUGCUUUGUGAGAGAUUCACACACGAUGAAUAGAAUGUUUAAUUUUGUUGCUUUUUUCGUAGAAUUUCUGGUUGCUUUGUGAGAGGUUCACACACGGUGAUUAGAAUGUUUAAUUUUGUUGCUUUUUUCGUAGAAUUUCUGGUUGCUUUGUGAGAGAUUCACACACGGUGAUAGAAUGUUUAAUUUUGUUGCUUUUUUCGUAGAAUUUCUGGUUGCUUUGUGAGAGAUUCACACACGGUGAUUAGAAUGUUUAAUUUUGUUGCUUUUUUCGUAGAAUUUCUGGUUGCUUUGUGAGAGAUUCACACACGGUGAUUAGAAUGUUUAAUUUUGUUGCUUUUUUUUGUAGAAUUUCUGGUUGCUUUGUGAGAGAUUCACACACGGUGAUUAGAGUGUUUAAUUUUGUUGCUUUUUUCGUAGAAUUUCUGGUUGCUUUGUGAGAGGUUCACACACGGUGAUUAGAAUGUUUAAUUUUGUUGCUUUUUUCGUAGAAUUUCUGGUUGCUUUGUGAGAGGUUCACACACGGUGAUUAGAAUGUUUAAUUUUGUUGCUUUUUUCGUAGAAUUUCUGGUUGCUUUGUGAGAGAUUCACACACGGUGACGUAGUAGCUCAGCUAAAACAACUGACACAAAUCAACUCGGAGAUCGGCCUCUGUAGAGCCUGGAUUCGAGUCGCUCUGAACGAUGGCUUGAUGGAAAGCUAUGUGAAUGCUUUGAUAGCAGACAAGAGAUCGCUAGAGUAUUUCUACAGCACCACCUCGUAUUUAAGAGAUCACGAACAGCCAGGAAUAUUUCUCUCCUACUUGAAAGGUUUGAUGUCUUACGACUUUCAACUGUCCUUUAACUCGAGUGUCCUGAAUAAGUGGCCCAAUGCCUCCAUGGUCCUGGCAGGUUUGAUCGAUCCAGACAGCACUCCUCUGCCCGUCGUACAUCCACUGAGAGCAACUUCCAAGACAGCAGAGAUUGCACAGAAAGAUCAAAAUGUGGCGUCUUUAAAUCCUGUUAGCAGACCAAGGGUUCAAGGUAAAAAGAGAACCAGUAUAGAAGACAGGGGGUUAUCACCUCUUCCAAAAGGAUGGUCAGUAUCCGAGUACAGCUCAGAGUUAACUCAGGAAGAUGUCAAUCAAAUGCGAGGGAUGACGCCCCGAAACAAGACGAGGUCAGAGUGUUCUAAUUCUAGUCUCGCCUCUUGCCCCGAUUCCGUGAAAUAUAACAAGCACCCCGCCUCAUAUGUAGCAGAUCAGGAAAAUAUCGGUGAGCCCAUGUUUGUUAUCGGCGAUGACGUUUUAUGUGAGGACAUUCAAAAUCGUAAUUCUGGCUCUGUAGAAAAUGAGAGACACCCUGACACAGACUACAUUGAUCAAAGGUCACCCAAUGAUAAUCCUUCCGUGGAUUCGGAGCAGAAUUCACCAAGUAAACUGUCUGUAAAUGAUCCGAGCUCUUACGGGGAGCUGAGUUACUCGAGUCUCUCUGGUGAGAUUUUGAGUAGUAAAGACUUAGAAAAGAAUGAUGCCUGUGGUCCUAAAGUUCAGGAAUCUAUUGUACCUGCACGUCUGAUGGAUGGGCUAGUGGAUAAAUGCGAUCAUUGCGUUGUGGAAUCUAAAAAUACUGGCGGUACAUUUGAGAAAGCUGUUCCUGUUUUUAUCUCAAAAAACGGAACUGCUAGUUCAAGAGUGAGCCCACAACAGCAAGAUUUUGUGAAUGAACGGAUCUUACAGGAUAUUCUCAACACAGAACUAGAUAGUCCUAGUGACAAGAAGAGCAAUGUAACAAGUGACUCCUCAUAUAACAGUAAACACAGCUCACCAGAUGACAAAAAAAUCAAACGAAAAAGUAGGAUGAAAAGGAAGGACUUGAUGCCUAAUUUCAGAUGGAAUUCGCAAAGAAGUGCCCAAAUCCCGGCCCAGAUGUCCCCUGCUAGGGCUGAUGUCAUAUAUACAACAGGGGGGCGUUUGGUUCUUCCGAGAGAGGAUAGGAAUGACGAGGUUCCUACGUCACCGAGGAGACCACGAUCUGGUGCUAUGUCGAUGUGCGAAGAGCCAGAAGAUGAUGGUGGUGUGGGAAUGGCCUCACCGCCAAGUACUGGGAACAGCCUGGGUGCUCGGGGUGGAUGGUCAUCUGAUUUUGAUCACCCACAACUGACUGCAGCUGCUGAACUGCCCGUCAGAGAGAAAUCUGAGAGCUUCAGUGCUCUACUGAGAAAUUACACCCCUUCCAGCUAUGUAGUCUCCCCUACCAUGGAAGAAAUUCUCCGGGAGCUUUCAGAUGAUACACCUUCACCUCCACAGGUGGAUCCAACGCUUCCCACUCCUCAGGAAGAAGAAUAUGAGAUAGUUGGUGACGUGGAUUCGGGAAAUUCGGAUAGAAAUUCCCCACACCAGGCGUCGAUGCUGGGAGUGAUAGCAACAGAGAAGGGACUAGAUGCACAGAAUUACCAGUGUGGAAGCUGCAAGAGGCCAGUCGGGUUCAUCUAUGGAAAGCCGAGAGUGUGCACAUUUGAUGGGAAGUAUUACUGCUUUGAGUGUCACGAAAACGACCGCUACUACAUUCCAGCCUUCAUCCUCCAUAACUGGGACUUCCGGAAACACAUUGUAUCCAAGAAAUCUCUGGCCUUCCUUCAAGAUGUUGAGGACCAUUCUGUCAUCGAUAUUUCUGCUGUGAACCCUAAAUUGUAUGAACAUAUCAAAGAAAUGGACCAAUUACAGGUUUUAAGGAGACAGCUCUGCCAUUUGAAAACCUACUUAUUUACAUGUAAACAGUCCAUUGCUGAUGAAUUCAGAAAAAGCAUGUGGCCUAAAGAGUACUUAUACGAGAGCACUCAUACUUAUACACUCGCUGAUUUGUUGCAAGUGCCAUCAGGACAGUUUAUGCAGAGUUUGAAGAAGUCGAUAAAGUUUGCUACAAAGCAUGUCUACGGAUGUCAUCUAUGCAGCAGCAAAGGAUUUAUCUGUGAACUCUGUAACAACCCCAAGGUCAUUUAUCCGUUUCAGACAGAGGAUACUAUCAGGUGUCCUAAGUGUAAAUCUGUGUUUCACAAGUCCUGCAAGACUGAUUCCGUAUCCUGCCCAAAAUGCACUCGGAGAAGCAAGAGGGUAUCACAGAAUGGGGAGACGUUGGAGACUCCCGAUAUCCAUGAUUACGCAUUUAUUCCACAGUUCAGUGAUUGAUGUGGUGUCUGUAAUUAUUGUACUGUUUAUUGGCAGGGAACAUUUCACUAUGUAUAUACAAAGUUAAUCAGCUGACUCUUUAUUUAUGUAAAAAAAUAUCUUAUUGUAGAGGAACAUGAUGUUAGAUUUGCAUAUUUUCAUAUAGUGAUUCUUGAAAAUUUUUAUUAAAAUGAUUUUAAAUUAGAAACAAAAACACAGUGCCUUUUAUCAUGUAAAUGUACGUAUUGUAAAAUAAAUGUAUGUACAGUAAUACACGGUAAUAGCAAACCUUCAGGGCCAGUGAAAAACAGUUAAUUAUAACCAAACUUCAUUAUACAGUAAAACAUGGUUAUAGCAAACCUUCAGGGCCAGUGAAAAACAGUUUGUUAUAACCAAACUUUGUUUUAUCCAAUAACAUUUUCAUUAUUUUCCUCUCACAGGGAAAUAAAUGGCACUUCACAGAAAGCGUGAAUUUGUUAUAAGUGUGUUCGAUAUAAGCGUGUUUUACUGUACAAGUCAAUAAUCCCGGUAUUUUAUGAUGUACUCACUGUAAAAUGUUUUGUUUUUAAAUAUUCAUCAUGAAAAUUUUAGAGGGCUAAUCAAAUUUUUAAGAAAUCUGUGUAUUUGUGUUCCAAUCAUUAUUGUAUAGAAGUAGCAUAUAGUUCACUUUGGUUUGUGUUCUAACCAUCAUUGUAUCAGAAGCAGUAGUUAGUUCCCUUUAGUUUGUACUCUAAUCAUUACAUUUAUAGUACUUAUUUUCCUUUUGUUUGUUCUGUGUGUAUCAGUAAUCAUUUUUGUGUGAGAAGUAGUACUUAGUUCCCUUUAGUUUGUACUCUAAUCAGUACAUAUAUAGUAGUUAGUUCCCUUUAGGUUGUUCUGUGUGUAUUCUAACCAUUAUUGUGUAGGAAGUAGUUAGUUCCCUUUAGUUUGUACUCUAAUCAGUAUAUUUAUAGUAGUUAGUUCCCUUUAGUUUGGAUUGUAGAGAAUACAUGUUAUAAUCAUUAUUGUAGAGGUAAGAGUUAGUUCCCUUUAGUUUGUUCUCUGUGUAUGUGUUAUAAUCAUUAUUGUAGACGUAGGAGUUAGUUCCGUUGAGUUUUUUCUGUGUGUUUUAAUCAUUAUUGUAGUAGUUAGUUCCCUUUAAUUUGUACUCGAGAGAAUGUCUGUUCUAAUCAUUAUUUUAUAAGAAACAGUACUAUUUAUUUCCUUUCAUUUCUGUUGUAGAGAAUGUCAGUUUCAGUAAGUAAUAUUAUGAACUCUGUUUACCUGAAGUUUACACGGGAGGGUCAAAUAAACGUUAUAAAGUGAUCUGUUUCAUGAAGUUCAACAAUAGUACUUAUGUUUGAUUUGUGCAAUGCAAAAAUUGGUAUUUAAUUUUACAUCAGUUCUUUCAUUAAAAUUUUUAUCACAUAU